UCGUUUAACAUUCUGUAAAGCCAUCAAAGUCUUCCUUCUUCCAUCUUACCUAGUAGAUACUCAAACUUGUUAGUUAGAAAUAUAUAUUAUUUAUUCCUUUUCUUUCUUUUUAUACUUCAUUUUUUUUGCAUCCCUUUUGUAUUCUUCCUUUCAACAGUAUAUUAUCACCUAUUAUCAUUCUACUCACUUCUUAUUAUACAAUAAUACAACGAUAACAAAUCAACUACAAUGGAAGUAUCUGAUUAUAUCAACAAGGCUAUGAACUUUGCAGAAAAUGCAGCCAAACUAUCUCAAAAGAUGUCUCAAGGAUUGGUGGAAAACGCAAGAGAACUUGGCUUUCCUGGUGGUGGCGAUUCUGGCGCACAAUACUUUGACACUUCUGAAGAAAAAAUGCGAAAUAUUAAACGACAAUUGGAUUCAAAAAAUGAUAGAGAAAAAUUGGAUGGAUUGAAAAGACUGAUUGCUAUGAUUUCGAAAGGACGUGAUGUUUCAGAAUUCUUUCCUGAUGUGGUCAAGAAUGUAGUCUCUCAAAAUAUUGAAGUACGAAAACUGGUCUAUAUUUAUUUAUUACGAUAUGCUGAACAAGAACCUGAUCUGGCUUUACUCUCUAUCAAUUCAUUUCAAAAAGAUUUGAGUGACAAGAAUCAAAUCAUUCGUGCUAUGGCUUUACGUGUAAUGAGUGGUAUUCGUGUACCUGUCAUCAGUCCUAUUGUAUUAUUGGGAAUCAAGAAAUGUGUUACUGAUUCUAGUCCAUAUGUUCGCAAAACAGCUGCUCAUGCCAUUCCAAAAUGUUAUAGUUUGGAUGAUUCUCAAAAAGAUGCAUUGAUUGAAAUAGUGGCCACCUUAUUGAAAGAUCGAUCCAACAUUACUAUUGGCAGUACCAUCAUGGCAUUCAACGAAGUUUGUCCUAAUCGAUUUGAUUUAAUUCAUCCAUGUUUCCGAAAACUUUGUGGUGUAUUACCUGAUUGUGAUGAAUGGGGACAAAUGGCUAUUCUUGGUCUUAUGUUACGUUAUGGAAGAAAUCAAUUUUUAAAUCCCAACCCACAUGGCGAAGAUCAAUCACGUAUACCUCCCAAAACUUCCACCACCAUCAAGACGCGUGCAUUCUACUCUGAUACUGAUUCUUCUGAUGAUGAAGCCACUAAUGGGAACGAAAUAUUGGAAUUAGAUGAGGAUCAUGAAUUACUUCUUAAGAGCUGUAUACCGUUAUUACAAAGUAGAAAUAGCGGGGUUGUGUUAGCUGUUGCAAAACUAUUUUAUCAUUUGGCCCCUGCCUUUCAAGCUGUGAAAGUAGCCAAACCACUUGUACGAAUCCUUCGAAAUCAUCGUGAACUUCAAUAUGUUGUGUUGACCAAUAUCGCCACCAUGUCUUUGAAACGUCCCUAUUUGUUUGAACCCUUUCUUCAACAAUUCUAUGUACAAUCGACAGAACCAGUGUUUAUCCGUGACAUCAAACUCAAUAUUCUUGCUAAUCUUGCAACUGAUGCCAAUAUACAUGUAUUAUUGAAUGAACUCCAGCAAUAUGUUAAAAGUCCAAACAAGGAUUUUGUGGCUGCCUCCAUUCAAGCUAUUGCUAGAUGUGCCACUAUAGUUCCUUCUGCUGCUGAUAGGUGUCUUCGCCUUUUGAUGAAAUUAUUACGAAGCUCAAAUGAAUUGGUUGUUGCUGAAUCAGUUUUGGUAGUGACAAAACUUCUCAAGGAUCAUUCAAGUGAACACAAGAACUCUGUGAUUGCUUUGGCCAAGUUAUUGGAUACAAUCAAGGUUCCUACUGCUCGUGCAAAUAUUCUAUGGUUGGUUGGUCAACAUGCUGGAGCUUUACCUCAUGUUGGUCCUGAUGUAUUACGUCAAGCCGUCAAGAAUUUUACAAACGAGACAAAUAAUACAAAACUUCAAAUCAUUACACUAUCAAGUAAACUUGUCAGUCUUAACCCAACACAUACGACCCUUAGUUUACUCAAUCAAUAUGUUCUCAACUUGGCGAGAUAUGAUCUCAACUAUGAUGUUAGAGAUAGAGCAAGAUUCCUUCGUGCAUUGACUAUUCCAACUGAAGAAAAGCCUGGACUUGAUGAAUUGAAACAACAUCUUCAACAAAUCUUAUUAAACGACAAAUCACUCGCUGUUGUUGAAACUGACAUGGAAGCUGGCUUGGAUUAUACCAUCGGAUCACUCUCCUUGCUUGCUCAUCAACCUCUACCUGGUUAUGAACCAUUACCUGAUUACCCAGAAGAACAACCUGAUCCCUCAGUACGUGAUGUAGAAGAAUUGGAUGGAUGGGCUGGUAGUCGAACUACAAUGGUAGCGGAGACAGGCUUUGGUAGUGAUAGUUUCGAUGCUCGAUAUCGUGGUGAUCGUGGUGGGUUCUCUGGCAGCGGUGCAUCGGUAGCAUUAUCUGGUGUGGAAGCCAUGGGCAAUGCAUAUACCUCUUCCUCAGCAGUCAAGAAGAAAAACGGUGAUUACGAUUUAGAUGCCUUUUAUGAUGAAUCUAGCGAAGAAGAAGAAUCCAGUGAAGAGGAAUCCAGUGAAGAGGAAUCUAGUGAAGAAGAAUUCAGUGAUGAAGAUGGCGAUGAAUCAAGUGAAGUCGAAUCGACUGAAUCUGAGGAAGAUGGAUCGGAUGAAGAAUCAAGUGAUGAAGUUAGCAGUAGUGAUGAACAUGAAUUACUAGUAGAACGCCGUUGAUGUAUUUCUUUUUAUUUUUAUAUAUAAUAAACCAACUUUUAUUGAAUACCUUUU